AUGGAAGAAGAGGAGUACAAUGACAUGAUGGAACAACGAAAGCUCCCUCCGAAGUCGCAACCGCAGAAAGUUCCCUCGCCAUAUUCGCCGCCGCCGUCAACACCACCAUCGCCACCGAUCGACCGAGAUAUGGGAGCAGCACAAGCGAUGAAGAGAAUCCCCCGGAUCAAGUUUCCUCAGCGUCAUCCGGCGCCUUCUGGUUCUGCUACUCAGACCCAAGCAACACCUGUUGCCAAUGAUGUUCCUUCAAGCUUUUUCUCAAAAUCUGCUCCAUCUGAAAAAACUCUAGGGGGAAAAGCAUCUCUUCAGCCCAAAAGAACACCAAUGUCUCAAGAAGAGAUUGAUGCUAUUAUGUUGGGAGGGUGCUUAUGAAGCUGAUGAUCAAGCUUCAAGAAGAGAGAAGAGUCAUGUUUCGAUUUUAAGUUCUAUGAAAGAUUCCUGUAUGUUAUGAGAAAUCUAAACCAUUUUCACGUUUUGUCCAUAAAGGUAUGGUUGAAUAUGAACUCUCCAUUUUAUAUAUAUUAGGUAUGUUUUUAUGUUAUUUAUCAUGGUAUUUUGUCCCUCAAUGUAAACAAAGAAUUGGGCUUUUGUUGCUUAAAUUCCCAAUUUCAGAGGUUUUGGGAAUA